AUGAUCCAGGCCCGCCUGGAGGACGUCGUCGGUGGGUCCGCCAUUAGCGGUGGGGUAGAAAAGACCGCGUCGAAUCGUGGGAUGUCGGGCAACGCGCCGUUGUCCCAGAAUUCCGAGCCCUUGAAGCCGGAGGGGUACGUAUACCCACCCCUUCGGGCCCCGCUUCCCCCCAACGAGCAGCAUCGCGCCGACGCCCUUUGGAUGACCAAGUUUAAAGGGUCUUUUGACAGUGCCUCCAGUUUGCAGGACCAAGGACCGACCGCGGGUCGUGCGGAUCCAAAGCAGGGGGACGCACUGCCCGCUUGCGUCGCGGCGAUUCGCCUUCCGUCGGUUCCGUAUCAGAGACGUGCGCUCCCGACCAAGAAGCCCCAUGGGACGCCCAUUAAAGAUGAGGAUAAGGAAAGGAGUGAUGCAUCGACGGAUGCUUUCAUCCAGACGGAUCUUGCUUCCGGCAGGAAUGAAACGCCGGUGGUGGGCGGCGAAAACACUGAGCAACCCAUUCCCCCGAAGAAAGGACCUCCCGCCAGCCACCACGCUUUGAAGGGAACCACCAUAAUGGUGCACCCACUCCAGCUUUCGGAGCCGCUCACGAGCGCCGCUGGCAAGCGUCUGACAAAAUUUCUCUGUCAGUACACCAGCGAGCGAAGCAAACUUGAACUGCUUCGUUCUUCCACCACACGGAACAGUGGGGGCUCCUCUAAAAAGGAAUCGGGCAUGAGUUCUGCCACUCUACCAGAGAAGGACAUUGUGCUCCUUGUUUCCGAAUCAAUGCCAAAGGCUGAAACGACGGAGAGUGUUGUUUCUUAA